GAUCUGCAGCUGACCGGGGCCAGCGCUGCUUCCGCACACGGCGCAGUGAGUGCGGAACGCGCGGGGAAGGGCGGCCCGACCCCGCUCCUGCCUGCUGCGGUUCCCCGAAGCUCGGGAAUCUCCGGAGGCAGAGACACCAGCUGUAAGUGUUGGUUAUGGCUGCAGUGUAUCAAGCACUGCACAGGAGAGUUUCCUCCCUCGCCUGCAGGUUGCACUCCACCUAUGUGAGAAAAAUGAGAUACUUAAAUCAGUUAAAGGAAGAUGACAGCCUUUGUAGACAAGCUCAGACCUCAGGAACUUUCUACCUCUUUCACAAUCUCUCCCCCUUCCUGCAGAAAGUUGGGAAGAAAUAUUUGGUACCACAGCUCAGUGCAGCAGAAACGAGACAGAUUCUGGAGAAGCUGCAGGAGGCCGAGCAGUGGAUGGAGAAGUCGGUGCUGAUCGGAUGUUCAGACGAGCACAGGCCGCGCUUCGCGCUGGAUUUAGGAGCUUUGGAUAAAUCAGUCAUUGAGGCAGAACUGCAGGGAUCAUUUACUGACCUACGAAAGGCUCUCUUUGUCGUGGACAGGAAGGAUUCGCCUUUGCUGGCUUCGGCCCAGUCCCUCCUGCGGUGGCACGAUUCCCACCAGUACUGCAGCAAAACUGGGCAGCCCACUGAGAAGAACCCAGCUGGCAGCAAACGUGUCUGCCACGCCAGUGGAGUCACUUACUACCCUCAGGUGUCUCCAGUGGUCAUCACCCUGGUGUCCGACGGGAGCCGCUGCCUCCUGGCCCGACAGCCCUCGUUUCCCCCGGGGAUGUUCACGGCUCUGUCAGGCUUCUGUGACAUGGGUGAGAACGUGGAGGAGGCCGUGCGGCGAGAAGUGGCCGAAGAGGUGGGGCUGGAGGUGGAGUCGCUCCGCUACUCGGCGUCCCAGCACUGGCCCUUCCCCAGCAGCUCCUUGAUGAUUGCCUGCCACGCCCUGGUGGGAGCGCAGCGGGCUGAGAUCAGUCUGGAUACCCUGGAGCUGGAGGAAGCCCGUUGGUUUGGCCUGGAGGAAAUUGUGGAGGGUCUCAAGAGGGAGCCCAGCUCUUCCAAGCAAGAUGAUGGUAGUUUUUUACCCUGGUUCCCUCCCAAACAGGCCAUUGCUCACCAGCUGAUCCGUGAGUGGCUUCAGCAGCAGAGUGCCCAGACAGCUUAGGCAGGGCUUCAUCUACUCUGUGAUUCCACCAGAACUGUCAAAGCUCCACAGAAAAGCUUCCA